UUAUAUUCUCUGGUUUCCGACCGCUCUUCAUGGUGUUAUCCUAACUAGCUCCCGUAAAUCGCAUUCUAUCUAUCCUAUCCUCGAACCAUUAUUUCCCUUCAUCCUCUAAGAUGACCCUGAGACAACAAACACUCCCCUUCCAGAUCCGCAAUCCCUAUCGUUUGGAUCGCCCACUAUUCGACCCUACUGAAAUAACACAGGCGACAAUUGCAGAGGAAGUUGAAACAGCACGAUUGCAACUGCAGCAGCGACCCCUACCACAGCAGCCCUCCAUGAAUAUGCAAUUGCUCGAGGUCGCUUGCCCUUUCCAGAAUGGUACCAAACGUAUCAAGGAUCACCAAAAGAGAAGUAGUCUAUGGAACCCUGACAGAUAUGACUCCAGACAGAGUGCUGGAAUUGAAGGCACUCUCGACAAUGACUCGGACAGUCGUACCCAGCAUGAGAAUUACAAUUAUUUUGGUCAAUCCUGGUUCAGCCAAGGGCACCGACAGCGAGCUCCCGUCCUAAUACCGUCCAAGCAGCAGCCUGCGCAACUCUCUGUCCCUAUUGUCACCGUUACACAUCACAUCGACACGCAUUCUGAACUUACCUUUGAACGUCAUGUAGAGUGGCUCACUCAAACAGCACUUUGGUGGGACAUGCCCGUAGUUCACCUGUACCCUGCACCGCAAUCGUCCUUGUCUCUGGAGUGCGUCGAGAGCGCCGCAUCUAAGUUUUCUAACUGGGUCAACUUUGUCAGGAUCCCAGCUGGAGAGGAGGGUCGUCUGGGGCCCGCUACUUCACCCGCAAGAUCCCCUGCGCCCACUAGAAUCAAGGGUUCCAGGACCAGGAAGGGUCCCAAGAGAGACUCUACCUGGAACAAGUCGCCUGCAGGCGAUUCAUGUGAUAAUGGGGGGAUGGUGACUUUGAGCGCACAACGGAUUUCGGGACCAAGAGCGAUGCCGCCGGCUGGUAGCACAACGAGAGAGGUCGAACCGGUCAUCGGCUACGUGUUUGUCGGAUCUGCAGAAGAACAAGCACAGUAUCACCAGGUUUUCGAGACAAUGGAGAACCUAUACCCGAUGAUCGAGAUCCGGUAUAUCAACUCAUUUUUGCCUCAGUACCAACAGUCGCUACAACAGCAAGAGCUUAUGGAGGACCCGUGUCUUCAUAGUUUGAGUUGGAUUCAUUACUGGAGUGCGGCCAAGGAGUCGCAAGUGCUACAAAGCAAGAUUGUGAAUGAGGUCGUGCGCGUGCGUCCUAUGUGGGUCAACAGCGAUAACCUUCACCGCAAUUACACCCCGGCCCAACCUUCAGCACUGUCUUCGCCUCCUGCAACCCUCUCGGACUGCCCUACUUUCACUCUGUCAACAUCACCCAUUUCCACGGCGCCAAGUGUUUACAUCGGAAGCGACAAAAGCGAGGGACAGAGCCUGGAGGAAUCGCUGAGAGGGAUUCCCUCGACUGUUUCCAUCGCAUCGCUACUUGAUGUUGAAGACUCAAUCAUGGGUGAAGUAGAUCACUUCUGUGAUAUCCAAGAUAGCCAACAGGUUGACAUGAAAAUUCAGGAUCCAUCCGAUCUGAAAGAGUCCUCCGGGCGCAGCAUUUUGAGCCGCGCGCAGAGUUCGCUUGACAUCCAUAAGGAUAGUGUGUAUGCUUACAAGCCUUUCGAUCGUCGCUGCAAGAAGUGGGGCUUUCCAUCAUUAAGUAGCACGGACAAGAAGAGCGGCUACCGCAGAUCUCUCUCGACACCAUUGCUCCUACAUACCAAAGAAGGCAUUAGUAACGCGAGGAACUUGAGAAACAUGGGCAUGGAUACAGUGGACCCUUGCCACAGCAUUGACACUAACAUGUCACCCCCUUCACUCUCGCCGGUCUCGUUAACUUCUCCAACCUCUGCAUCCUCCACAUCAUCAACAACGUCGUUAACUUCGGUCAACCCUUUGGGUAUUGGACAUCGCCUAGCAGGACUUGCACAGCGGUUGGGCGUGUACAAGAUGAAGGGAUCAUCCAUGCUAGUGGUUGACAUGUAGACGCAGCAUGUCAUUUAAUUUCAUAGAAUGUAAAAGGUUUCCAUGUGUAUUAAUAAGAAAUCAUCAAGAAAAAUAGAAGGCCUAUACGACACGUUGUUGGACCAUGCUGUCUUCAUAUGGUGGAACCCUUCGAGCCCUUCCGCACUCCUAUAUACGCUGCAGCAGAAUGACAGAGCUCUUUUCAAACAGCACCCAGCUCGCCUUUCCGCAGUCAUUCCUACGUUCAGUCCUUUCGGCAAUUGUGGG